UCGGCAGACGUCACUGUGUUGUUGCGGAAGUACCGUCAAACGCUGCUGUAGUCUGCAUUCAUUUCUCCAGAUAUUUCUCACCGGUGUAUCGCUUCGGUGAAGGUCCAGAGCCAUGGCAGCUCUUAAGUACGCCGGCAUGGACGAUACCGACAGUGACGACGAGCUACCUCCCGGGUGGGAAGAGAGAUCCACGAAAGACGGAUGGGUUUACUACGCAAAUCAUGAGGAGAUGAAGACACAGUGGGAACACCCCAAGACGGGAAAGAAGAAGCGCUGUGCUGGAGAUUUACCAUACGGCUGGGAGCAGGAGACUGAUGAGAAGGGACAGACUGUUUAUGUUGACCACAUAAACAAAAGGAGGACGUAUUUUGACCCGCGCCAGGCCUUCACAGUGGAGGAUGUAGUGGUGAAGCCAAAACGCUAUGAUGGAAACACGGCUGCUUUAGAGAUCCUGCAGGGUCGUGACCUGUCCGACAAGGUCGUGGUGAUCACUGGAGGAAACUCUGGAAUCGGCUUUGAGACGGCCAGGUCCUUUGCUCUUCAUGGCGCCCGCGUGAUCCUGGCGUGCCGGAAUCUGUCCCGGGCCAACAAAGCGGUCAGCCUCAUACAAGAGGAGUGGCAUAAAGCCAGAGUGGAGGCCAUGAUGUGCAACCUGGCUUCCCUCCGCAGUGUCAGAGAGUUUGCGGAGUCUUUCAAGGCCAAGAAGCUGCCCCUGCAUAUUCUAGUGUGUAAUGCAGCGGUCUGCACUCAGCCCUGGAACCUGACAGAAGACGGCCUGGAGUCCACUUUUCAGAUCUGCCAUCUGGGUCACUUCCUCCUGGUGCAGUGCCUGCAGGAGGUCCUUCGUCGCUCCGCCCCGGCCCGGGUGGUGGUGGUGUCUUCAGAGUCUCACAGGUUCACAGACCUCUUAGACGCCUGUGGAAAGGUGGACUUGGGCGUGCUGUCCCCCCCCAGGAAAGACUACUGGUCCAUGCUGGCUUACAAUCGCGCCAAACUCUGCAACAUCCUCUUCAGCAACGAGCUCAACCGACGCCUUUCGCCACGGGGCGUGACCUCCAACGCAGUGCAUCCUGGGAACAUGAUGUACACCUCCAUCCACAGGAGCUGGUGGCUCAUGACCUUCCUCUUCACUCUGGCCAGACCAUUCACCAAAUCUAUGCAACAAGGUGCGGCCACCACGGUGUACUGCGCCGUGGCUCCGGAGCUGGAUGGGUUGGGCGGCAUGUACUUCAACAACUGCUUCCGCUGCCAGCCGUCCAACCAGGCCCAGGAUCAGAGCAGCGCCGCCAGCCUGUGGGAGCUCAGCGAGCGCCUGGUGGCGGAGAGGUCAGCGGGGAUACAAGCCCUCUAAAGUGGCAGAUGAGGAGGGCGGGUGCAAGCCAAAACAGGAUUCAAAGAGGAAGCAGUUGACUUGAAGAUGAAGUUAAUCAAAGACUCUGACUGCACUGUACAAAAGCUGCCAAACGACAGAAGUCCAUCCAGAUAUGUCACGUCACAGCGGGGCUAAAACACUUCACAAAGUACAGGAGUGAGUUUUUAUUUCCGAAAGAAUAAAAGUUUGACCAGGCUCUGACGUGGUAUUUUACAAUGAAAAGUGGGUACGCUUUAUCUAUUUUUUUUGUUUUGAUUAUGAUUUCUUAAAGAUUUAGACAUAAAAAUUUAGUUUUCCCUGUAAAUGUCUGAGUCCUUAUUUCUGUCAAGAUGUUUCUUUAGGGUUUGAAAGAAGCACCGGCUAAAACUUUUAGGGCAAAAAGAAAAAAUGAAUGGGUGGCCACGUGACACCUGUGGAUAUAUAAACACACUAGAGGUAUGAUUCUUAUGAAUAUCUACAUUAUUUUUGCAAUAAUUUCUUAUUUCCUUUGUUUUCUGUACAAGAUUUACAAAUUCCUGAUUCCGCGGGCUGUGCUGAAGGGACAUCAUAAAUUUUCCUUUUUGCAAAGUAAAGUUUUGAUAAUCUGUCAAGUCUCAGAAGUAUUUAUGUAAGGGUGUUUGUCCAUUUGUAUAGAGAUGGUAGCAAGUCUUAUUUACACUCCAGGUUCUUCAAAUUCUUGGUGUUUGAGUUGGGUAAAUUUUGUUUUUUAAUGUCCUUUUUCUUCCUUUUUUUUGUCCUUUUUUUUAUGAUGACGAUCAGCCUUUGGCUCUGAAUUCAGGUUGGUUGUCCGGAAACCCCAGCGAGGACGGGCUGCCUUUGAGACGUUGUGCUUUUUGGCAGUCUGGGUGCCGCAGGUUGUUUAAGAAUCCUCAUUCCAGUGUCAUGACCUGUAAAAAAAAAGCAUAAGGAGAGAAAAAAAAGAAAAAUUUAAUAAAAUUCUAUUGUACAAAUAUUA